UGGGAGGCUGAGGUAGUGCCUGUCGCUCGGUCGUUGCCAGGUUCAUGAGUUACGGCUGCCCGCGGACAUCCAUUAUCUGAUCGCACCGGGAUCUGCCAGUGUUGAAAAUGAAAUCGUCAUUCGUAUUUUCCUGUAAUAUUUGAAUAAAUUGAACCAUAAAUAAAUACUGCAGUGAAGUGAUGACUUAUUAACUUGACAAAAUUAAUUCCUGUUGUUAAUCCAGUAGGUCAUCGUGAAAAUUUUUUGGCUCUACUAGGAUCAUGAGAAACUCAGCCUGUUUCUGUUUGCGGACACUGUUAGUGUCACAAGAGUGUUACAAUUGUGAGUGAGGAAAUUUUACCAUGUUUGCGUGCAGUGAAUAAAUUCACAUAUAAAAUGCAAGCCAAAAAACGUUACUUGCUCUUAAUGAGCUGCUGUGCUUUUCUUUCAGUUGGAUAUUUUGGCUAUUAUCAUUGGAAAAGCAGCCGUGAAGAUAGCCUCUUUAAGAAAAAUUUAGUUUCCUUCAUGUGUGAUUCAGACAUAUUUCAAGAUGAAGACAUAUCUGCUAAUCCUAGGGCAAGAACUAGAAUUUCAAGUGCUCCAGACUUUCAAAUACAUUCUAAAAGAAGUGAUAGAAAUACAAAAGCUUUAGAAAACUCUGCUGACAUUCCAUUUUCUGAGUGUCGCAUGGAGAACUGUUUUGAUUUUACGCGUUGUGGCAAGAAUUUCAAGGUGUAUGUGUACCCUAUGGAUGAAAAUGUUCCUCCUAGUAGUAGUUAUCUGAAAGUGCUCAAUGUUAUACGCGAGUCAAAGUAUUAUACUACGGAUCCUAGUCAAGCAUGUGUAUUUGUUCUAAGUUUGGACACACUUGAUCGUGACAAUUUGAGCAAAGAUUAUAUCCGCAAUAUGCCUCUUAGAAUUCAGCGGUUGCCUUUGUGGAAUGGCGGUCAGAAUCAUAUCAUAUUCAACCUAUAUUCUGGCACUUGGCCUGACUACAAUGAAGACCUUGGAUUCAAUGUUGGAAAAGCAAUCCUUGCAAAAGCAAGCAUUGCUACUGAAAACUUCAGACCAGAUUUUGAUAUAUCUUUGCCAUUAUUUCACAAAACACAUCCUACUAAAGGAGGAGAAGAUGGUACUGUUGAAACCCUUAAAUUUCCUGGAAGCAAGAAGUAUCUGUUGGCUUUUAAAGGCAAGCGCUAUGUUUAUGGGAUUGGCAGUGAGGCACGGAACAGCUUGUAUCAUCUGCACAAUGGCAAGGACAUAGUUCUGGUCACUACAUGCAAGCAUGGAGGCAGUUGGAAGGAACACCAAGAUGAAAGAUGUGAUCAUGACAAUGAUGAAUAUGACAGAUGGGACUACGAAGAGUUGCUGCGUAACGCCACGUUCUGCCUGGUGCCACGCGGCCGACGUCUGGGCAGCUUCAGGUUCCUGGAGGUGCUGAGUGCAGGGUGCGUGCCCGUGCUGCUCGCCAACGGCUGGGAGCUGCCCUUCGCUGAGCUUAUUGACUGGUCUGCUGCUACUCUGCAGGCCGACGAGAGACUGCUUCUGCAGGUGCCUGAACUGGUGCGGUCAGUGGACGCGGCAACGGUGCUACGCAUGAAGCAGCAGUCACAGCUGCUCUACAACCAAUACUUCUCUUCCGUCAGCAGCAUAGUCUACACCACACUACAGAUGGUUCACGAGCGCGUGAUGCGACACAGACCGCGCGCCCUGAGCGUGUGGAACAGCCACCCUGGGGCGCUGUGUGUCAACCUCACGUACUCUGACAACCUCAACCUGUUCCCCUUCUAUGCCGCCCCACACCUCGCUGACAAGUGAGUCUUGUGGCUAGACAACCUCAACCUGUUCCCCUUCUGCAGGUUCACGGCGGUGGUGUUCGUGACGGAGGGCGCUAGCGGCGCCGCCCUACACUCCAGUCCUCUGUACGUCCUCGUCAGGAACAUCGCCAGGGCCAAGCAUGUCCACAAGAUCGUGGUGCUGUGGGGGAGCCGAACUCAUCCCCUCCCCAACCCCGGCCGCCUCCCCUCGGGUUCUGUCCCUCUGGUCCUCCUGCUGCCCCCCACCCCGUCACCCUCACACCGCCACUUCCCUCGCCCGGAGGUGACCACGGAGGCUGUCUUCUCGCUGGACGAAGACGCCCUCCUCACUGCUGACGAGCUCGACUUCGCCUUCAGCGUCUGGAAGACUUUCCCAGACCGCAUCGUCGGCUACCCCAGCCGAUCAUAUUCCUACGACGAGCAAAGCGACGUGUACCGCUACACAAGCACUUGGUCCAACUCGUACUCGCUGGUACUGACAGGAGCAGCAGUGUACCACAGGUACUACCAGCACCUCUACCAGCACCACGCGCCCCCCUCGCUGCUGGGGGCCGUGCUAGCGUCGGGUAACUGCGACGACCUGCUCCUGGGGGUGCUCGUCGCCUCCGUCAGUAGACGACCGCCCAUCAAACUCACGCAGCGCAAGCAAUACAAAGACCCGGCGUCCAACUCCAGCGCCCUGUGGUCAUCGGCGAGCCACUUCGCAGAGAGGAGCGCAUGUCUGAACUCGUUCAGCGCAGUGCUGGGGCGGCUGCCGGCGCUGGUGUCACAGGUGCGGCUGGAUCCUGUGCUGUACAGGGACAACGUAUCCGUCACCAGGAAGAAGUACAGACACAUCGACAGGAUCGGUCCUGGCAGCUGAUAUAAGGAGGCCGAUAGCUCCUACACUUCACCUCAUAUACUCCUGUGAACAAAUCUAUAGAAUUCUCCUUUCUCUCUUAUUUGAAUUUCUCUUG